AUGGGGGGUCAGGACCCCCCAAGUGGGGAGACACGGGAGGGAAAGAUGGAGGAAUGUCACCACAUGAACUCACUGGGUCUACUUUGCUGCCUCUACAGGGACCCAGGAUGGCCUUGGAGAGGGACAGACUCCCAGCCCAGGGAAGUGCAUUCCAGCCCCAAGCGGAACCCCAUCAGCCAAGGAAGCCCUUCCCUGGCUCUGACACAAGAUGGGCUGCAAAGCUGCUCCCUCCUUCCUGCUGGGCCAUUUCUGUCCCCACAUCCCAGGCAGGAGGAACAGCCCUUCCUGGCUUUGGGAGGGAAUCCUGGGGCCCUGGACAGCUCAGACCCCCAGAGCUCCCCACAGGCGCCAUCUGCCAUAAUGGAUUUCUCCCUGGGCACAAUUGAUUCUUGUCUGGCCAGGCCUGGAGCAGAGCCUGAGGGUGGCCCCAGCUCUGGGCUGUCCUCAAGAGAAGAGAUUGUGCUCUUGGUGCUGCUCACUGGCUUCUGCCUCAAGUCACCCAAGUCUUCCCAGUCUCUCAGCCUCCAUGCCAGUGAGUCUGGAGGAACACCCUGGUCUGUGCCGGGCACUCUCUGCUCAGCACAAAGAGAAGGAAAACCACCAGCUGCCGUCCGGCCACCCCCUUCAUCCCCACAAGCUGGCGGAGGCGACCCUUCCACAGCCAUAACCAAACAAGCUCUGUGCAGCCUUAAUGGAGGGAGGCCCUCUGGGAGGGAAGGCUCUGAGGGUUCUGGGCACCACAGAAAUCCUUGGUUCCUGACGGGAGGAUUCAGCUGGUACCCAAAGGAAGCUCCGAGGCCAGAGGCAGGAGGAAGAACUUCCCUGCAGAGAGACAGACAGCCCCUGGAAAGGCCCAGAAUCAGAGCAUGGAAGAGACCUUAUGAAUGCAAUCAAUGUGGAAAGACAUUUUGUCAGAGCUCCAGUCUUGCUUAUCAUCAGAGAGUCCACACUGGGGAGAGACCUUAUGAAUGCAAUCAGUGUGGAAAGACAUUUAGUCGGAGUUCCAAUCUUACUUAUCAUCAAAGAAUUCACACUGGGGAGAAACCUUAUGAAUGCCAUCACUGUGGGAAGACAUUCCGUCAGAGCUCCAGUCUUGCUUAUCAUCAGAGAAUCCACACUGGGGAGAAACCUUAUGAAUGCAAUCAGUGUGGAAAGACAUUCAGUUGGAGCUCCAAUCUUGCUGAACAUCAGAAAGUCCACACUGGGGAGAAACCUUAUGAAUGUAAUCAGUGUGGAAAGACAUUCAGUCAGGCCUCUCAUCUUGCUGUACAUCAGAGAAUCCACACUGGCGAGAAACCUUAUGAAUGCAAUCACUGUGAAAAGACAUUCAAUCGGAGGUCCAAUCUUGUUUAUCAUCAGAGAAUCCACACUGGGGAGAAACCUCAUGAAUGCACUCAGUGUGGAAAGACAUUCAGGGACAGCACCAGUCUUAGUGCACAUCAGAGAAUCCACACUGGCGAGAAGCCUUAUGAAUGCAAUCACUGUGAAAAGACAUUCAAUCGGAGGUCCAAUUUUGUUUAUCAUCAGAGAAUCCACACUGGAGAGAAACCUUAUAAAUGCAAUCAGUGUGGGAAGGCAUUCAGGGACAGCUCUAGUCUUGCUGUACAUCAGAGAAUCCACACUGGACAGAAACCGUAUGAAUGCAAUCAGUGUGGAAAGACAUUCAAUCGGAGCUCCAGGCUUGCUGCACAUCAGAGAAUCCAUACUGGGGAGAAACCUUAUGAAUGCAAUCAGUGUGGAAAGAUAUUCAGGGACAGCUCCAGUCUUGCUUAUCAUCAGAAAAGCCAUAUUGAGGAGAAACCUUAUGAAUGCAUGUCUUAA